AUGAGUAAUCUUUUGGCACCAAGUGACAUAAACAAAGGCAUGCAACCGACUCCAAUCGUUCGUGUCUUCAACACUAUUUAAAAAAUAGAUAUUAUUAUAUUACAUUAUAUUAUUUUUAUAUUAUUCUUAUUUUAAGAAAAUAGAUUUACUUCAUUAAAGAAAUUUUUUGCAAAAACUUAGAUAUCUUUCAAAAGUUAUUUAGUUAUAUUUGUAAAAGUUAGGUUCAAAUGUCGUUUUUCUUCAUUUAAGUUACAGAAAUGUCGAAGAAGAAUAGGAAACGAAAGUUGGAGGAAGAGGAACAGUCGAUGGUUGACUGGGAACAGGAGAACAUUUUUCCAGAGGAAAUAAGAAACGAAAUGGAAUCCAUGUGGGAGAUUCCGCAGAUAUUUCAUUUCCUUCAUCUGGCAAAAGAAGCUCUGAACAUACCUCACUUGUCCAUGUACGAGAUGGAACGUAUGCUUUUGAUACCUAGAGCUUCCAAACAGCUAGCAAACAUCAUGACAUCAUUGUUGAGUUCUCCUAUGACCAAAGCAAAAUUAAGGAAAAUACCACCAAUGCCAUAUGAAUUCUGGACAAACAUUCUUGCGUACAAGAUGAAAAGCUGGUUCAAAAUGUACGAAGCUAAACAUCAGAAUGCUGUAAAAAUUCUAGAAACUAUUGGUGUGGAGCCGGAAUUCUGGAAUGUCUUCCCCGAUGCUCCUCUGCUAAAUGGCAAGGAUUUUGAGGAGUUAACUUUCAAACAGAAAGUUUGGCUUUUAAAAACAGUCUGUGAUACAGUCAUGCAUUCUAGAAAAACUGUGCAAGAAGAGGUAGCUAAACAACCAUGGGAAGAUCAGUUUGAAACCGUUUUAGGAACCGAUCGUUAUGGAGCAAGAUACAUUUACUUUCCACAGUUUCUUAAAAGUGAUCUGAGAGUUUAUAGACAUUGUUUUGAUAAUAAAAUAUUAUCCACAGUGAAGCCAAUCAAACCAAAACAAAAGACGGAAUUAGAAAACAAAGUAUUAGUUUCAAAUGAAUUAAUAAAAAAGAAGACUAAACAUAGAAAAAGAAAAUCCCGAUGGAGUAAUGGGUUGCCUCCGAAAUCGAGGAGAAAGACAAGUAAAUCUGAUGAAAAACAUCUCAACGACUGCAAGUGCAGUAGCGACAGUGCAAUAGGCUCGUUGACAAACGAAGACACGAAUUUUAGUAGUACAAGCACCUGUAGUAAUAACAAUAAUAGCAAUAAUACUAUCAACAUGGAGAGAUCAAGAAGUUCGUCGAAAUGUUCGGAAAUAAUCACUACGUCUGAUAAAACAUGUAAAGGUACAAAUUCGAAUAAUUCUAUUCGGGGUCUUCCCGGUAAGAGAUCAUCUAAAAAAAUGUUUAAGGGAUUUUCUGAUAAUAACAUAAUCAACGGGCUUUUGAAGAACUUAAAAUCGGAAACUAGCGAAGAGAAAAGCGCAGAAGAUAACGACAUGUCUUUGACACACGUUUCGCAAGAUAAAUUGAAGUUAAAUUCAACGAAGCAACAAUAUUUAGAUACGAUGGAUCUACAUAUAAAUAGGAAUGAUUCUAUUGAAAGAACCAUUGACAAUUUAUCUAGUAUCUCCAAAACAGAUGAUGAAAAGCUAAAUGAAAUUAUCAGUGGAGAAAACUUGAAAUUAAAUGAUAAAAGUUCCAACAAUAUUCGUGAUGUUAGAGAGACGCGUCGAAUAUCUAUCACGUCGAAAUCUGACGACGAGAAAUUAAAUGAGACGAGAACGCACAUUUUUAAGCAAGAUGAUGGUAGUCUUUCCGAAGAAAAAAUGGAAAGUAAAAUUACCAGACGGAAUGGAAGGUUUAUUAAAGAACAAAAAAAGCGUAACGAACAAUUGGAUCAGACAUGUAAAGAUGAAAUAAUAUCUGACGAUAAAGAUCUUUCCCUGAGCGAAUUAAGAAGUAUGUUACAAAAAGAAGCGAUGGACGAUGAUUUCUCUUUUGACGAGAACAGCGAGGUUAAAUACAAUCUAAGAAAAUCGAAGCAUUCAAAAUUGGAAAGAUGGAAACAGAGAACAGAGGAUUUCAAUGCGAUGCUUUCAGAACUUAGUGUCUCAAAAUUUCAACUUGUAGCUGAUAGUGUUAAUUCAUUAAGAGAUCUUAUUUCUACAUUUUCAAAAAAUAGCAAUCUAAGUGUUGAUAUUGACGGCGAGACCGAACUAAUACCACCAUGUGAAAUAAAAUUAGUUAAAAGAAUGACAGAAUUACUGUCCUCUUUGGAGGAAACUGAACCAGCUUUGCGAGACUCGACGAAGAGAGCUAGAGGAAAGCUUCACAAGGAAUGGACUAACUUUAAAGAAGGCAGUGCAGAGGAUCAGGACUCAUCUGGGGAGGGUCUCGGCUCUAAUUGGUGGGUUGUUGGAUCGCAGGGCUGUCAAUUGCCAACCUCCGGAGACGCAACGUUACAAAUGUUACCGCAACCUGCCAUAUCCUCAGCUAGCUUCCAAAACGUCCCUAACAAAAACGAAGAGGAAAACAUUAGUAACGCAGAACGUAGCAAAAACGUCGAUCCUGAGUGCAAAGAAGAAUCUCAAUAUGAAAGUUCACAAAACGAAACAGGAAGAGAACAGUCUGAAAAAAACAAAAGCAACGGUCAAAAAAACGCAAGAACUGAAGAAGAGACGAAAGAAGAUUCAAGCGAAGAAGCAGAACAACAAACGCGAAGAGUAUUGCGAGCCCGAGGCGUUUCAUCAUACACAGAACAACUUUAUUCAGAUGACGACAUCGAGGAGAACGAGCUGGAAGAAUGGACCGACGUUGAGGCCGUGUACGCGGCUCCCAGCGCACAGACAGGUUCAUCCACUUCAUAUCUUGCUCCGAAAGUCAGACACAUUAACGAUCGGGCGAACGAAGAGGAGGACUCAGACCAAGAUUGGAUUCUACCAAGCUCUCGCAAACGGAAAAAUAAACCUGCCAAUCGAAGAUUGAAGUCUUUUCAACACAAAUUACAAAGUAUCAAAGUUGAUGCCCUCCAAGACGCGGCAGAAUCAAAAUUAACUUUUCCUCACAAGAUCAGUAAUGAAAAGGAAGGUCCUAAAAUCAAAGAAAUCCAAAUAUGCAAACCAAAGAUAUCGAUGAAGUCGGAACCUUCUAACAGCAACAAUACGAUACAGAACCAAGAGGCUAUAGUAGCAAAUAAUUCUAAAGAACCAGUGCUUUUUACGGGAGUAAAUUGCAAAGUAGAAAAUGUCGCAAGCGUGCAUUCGGAACUGGACAUCAAAGAAGAAGGCCCUAUCUACGAUUCUGCGCCGAGCUUCGAUAGCAGUUACACGGUUAAUUCUAACUAUGUAAUGCUGAAAACUGAGCCGAAUCCAAUGAAUUAUUAUGUGAUGCAACCAAAUUCUGCAACCGUCGUUUCACAAAAUGCGAUCGUGCAGUCUGGUCCGAUGGUCUCGAGUAUCAUACCUCCGAUUCAGCAAGGCUAUUAUGUACAAGGGGCACAAAAUUAUAUUAUCCAGAAUCCACAAAGUAAUUUCGUACCUUCUCAUCCAUUUCAACCUCAACAACCACAAAUGAUAGCACCGCAGCAGUUUAUCAAUCAUUCCAGUUAUGUACCUUACAUGGUAACGACAACUCAACCCCAAUCUCAAUAUAUAACUACAACGAAUCAACAGAUUGUUUCGCAGAAUAUUCCUGAGAAUCCUACGUUUCCAGUUCAAUCUAGUUCCACUCCAGUAACUAAGCUUAGGUAUCCUAUACCGAAACAGAUUUAUCCACAUCUUAAUGGAGUUGUUACAAAAAGUAAUGCAUCUAUAAGAGGAAACGCGGCUCGACCCAAGGCCGUAAAAAACGUUCAACGCACUCCUAACGUAUCUGUUAAAAUGUCGAAACCGAGAAAAUCAAGCACACCUCCAAUAAACACCAGUCAGAAAACUACUUCUUUAAUCGUUCUUAGCGACAGCGACGAUGAAAUUGAGAUGAUCAUUACAGAAAAAACUAAUUCUGAGACUGAAGCAGAAAAGGCAAAGUCUAUACCUAAGAAAAACACCGUACAAAUUAGACAAAAGCCAACAGUUACAUCGGAUGUCACAGUAAUGAAAAGCAGAAUUCCUCCACAGAUACUUCAACGUAUGAAUCAAGGAGGAAUCUCUAUAACACCUGUCAAAUCUACACCACCAGUUCAAAAUACCAAUACGCAGUUGGUAGUUGUCGUAAACGAAACUGGAAGCCAUUAUGCCUUAGCACUACCAAACGGAAGCAAAUUGAUUUUAACUCCUGAGCAAGUUGCACAGAUUCGAGCUUCAAAUGGUGGAAAGCUAAUUUUAUAAAACAUUACUUUAAUUCUGAAGAACUUUUUAAAAACAGAUAGAAUUGAAAUAUAUUAUACUGUGAUCUCUGGUUCACGUACCAUAUGUAUUUGAAAUUAAUGUUCCUACAAUGUACAACAGGGAUUUGUACAAUAAUUCUUGGAACAUUCGGAAUCGAUUUGUACGUAUAAUUUGUAAGACGACAUACUAUUUUAAAGUAACAAAACUAUGUAUGUUUGAAGUGUUGUGUUGAAUGAAUACAUUGUUGAAUCAUUUGAUCUUGUGCUUGUUAAGAUUCUCUGCAUAAAUAAUUUUCUGCAUUUGUCUAUUUAAAUGAAAAUGAAGAAAAUCCAUAUAUUAAAUGUCUGAAGAAAAGACAUGUAUUAAAUUUGUCUGAGUAAAUUUAAUGUAUUUUAAACUUUUUUUAAUAUUUCUCUUCUUGCAACAUUAGAGUGAUACUUGGGACCUGUGAUGUCUAUAACGAUUUUUAUAUAUUUUUGUUACAUUAUACAACAUUAAUACAAUGUUUGUAUUAAAUUAUACGAAUAGAUCAGAUAUUGUAAUGAGAUAUUAAUUUUUUUUCAAGUUUAAAACAAGCUUACAUAUUUAACAUAAGCAUCACAUCAUAAAGUGAGUUUAUUAUACUUUGCAUAAUUUAAUUUAUAAUGUAUCUCACUUAAAUGUUUCACUUAUAAAUUGUUAAUUUUCGUUAGAAGUCGAAUUUUAACCAGCUGUUACAUUACGAUACACGUAAGAUUAUAAUAUAAAGUUAUUAUUUAUACAUUGAAUUGCGAAGGGAUAUUUUGUAUACUGUGCAAUUUCGAAAUUAAUGCCGUAAAUGUAUAUUAUUACAGAGUAGCAUACAUCUUUUAGAUCAAUAAUAUAAUGUAUAAAUAACAAAUAAAAUAAUUGUUAAUGCUGUCAUUUAUCCGUAACUUCAAUUAUAAGAAACUUUGGUUAUAUAUAUAUAUAUAUAU